UGCGAGCGUUGUACGCGUGACCUCGAAAAAGGAAGGACAUAUUAAUAUCUUUGUUGCGUUCUAGAAGGCUGACGUCAUUCAUUCCGUGGCGAGAACUAAGCGCAUAGCAAGACGUUGUGAAAUGUGAACGGCCGCCCACUUCAGACAUAAUAAUAUUUGUAUCAUUCUAAUUUACUUGAAAGUUGUGUGGUUGUGGACUGUGGCAAAGAACAGUUAGUCCACUGACUUCUGCCACAAAUGUUCUGACAACUGCGCAAUUAACUAUAAACUUGUGAUCCGGAGAUUCAGUAUAAAUGACCAUUGUCGCAACGAUUAUUAGAGAGGUGCAUGCAAUGGCGGAUCCAGAAACAAAUUUCGAAGAUUUGGAGGACGGGGAAAUCGAAAGUGAUGGUGAUGACAAUGACGAAAGAGAAAAAGAUAACAAAAAUGAUCAGUCGGAGAAUAUCGCUAUAGCUAAUAAAUUUGAAGAAAAGCCUGAAAUUCAGGAAUUUUACUAUUCAAAAUCAGGCAAGAAAAAGAAAUCAAAAUCAAGAGGUGAUCAAAAAAAGGACAAAAGCAAGAAAAAUCGGAAACAUUCUAACGAAGAUGAUUUUGCGGGAAAUAUAGAAAGAGCUAUCAGAAAAGCGAUGAGCAAAAAUAAUGACGAUGAAAUGCAAGAUAAUGAUGUUGAUGAGCGACGUAAACAUAAAAAGAGAAAGAAACAUGAUGGUAAUGAUGGGGCAAACAAAAAACGUAAAAAACAAGACGUAUCAGACGAAAUGGAUGAAAAUGAAAUGAUGUGCGUAAGAGGAGCAUCGCCAGUACAUACAGCUACAAAUGAAACGUUUGCAGAAGAUGAGAAGGACUCUUAUGAAUCUGACAGUAGCCAUUCUGAUAGCAGAGAGCCCCAAAUGCAACGUAAGAAACGACAAAAGUUUCAACAGCGACACAAAAAUAAAAAUGAUAGGCGACGAGGAAAUCAUCCAAUGCAAGAUCCGGAUGGAGUAUGCGUAUAUUUUAUGCAGGGAAAAUGUCAUAAAGGUGAUGAUUGUACGUUAUCUCAUGAUGCAGAGCCUCCGCGAAAGAUGGAAUUAUGCAAAUUUUAUUUAAUGGACUGUUGUGCUAAAAGGGAUAAAUGCCUGUAUAUGCACGCAGAUUUUCCAUGUAAAUAUUAUCAUACAGGGCUUCCUUGUCUUUAUAAAGACGAAUGUAAAUUUGCACAUGGAAAGCCCUUGAAUGACAGCCUUAAAAAUAUAUUACUGAAACACAUCGAAUCGGCCCCCAAAGAAAUAUUAGGUGACUUUCCUAGGUUGAAUAGGGAUGGAGCUUUAAAAAUGAUCCAAACAACUCAAUUGAAAUUAAUGCAACAAUUUUCAGAUAACUCAGAUACCUACGGGAAGAAUAUUCCAUCUCUCUUCGAUUUGAAUAUACCCAACCCGCUGAAUAAUUCGGAUACAAUGCAAGGUAAUCAAUUUAAUCAUGAAAAGAAUAGUAGGUCUUCCACAAAAGUCCGACAAUCGCGUUGGCAAAAUGAUACUACAAACCAAAGUAAUCACGUCAGCUCUUCUCCAACGAAUGUCGGUUCUGCCAAUGUGUUAAACAUUAAAAAUCUUACGGGUGUAUUAUCACCUCGCCAGAUAUCUGACCUUACCAAAAUGGGAAUUGAGAAUCUUGAUCAACUAGGACAAUUGACAGUAUUGCAGUUAAACAGUAUAGGUAUAUCCUUAAGGCAAAUCACAGAAAUACAACUUAAUACUAUGAGCAUACAAAAAUUAGGUUUAAUUAAUAACGUUGAUCAACAGUCCCAAUUCAUAGGAUCUACUGUCACAAAAGAUUUAGAUUUAAGAGUACCACCUACAGUUCCAGUAAUGAAUAGUUUACCAGUUCCAUCGCAAAUGCCUGGUCAAGAUGUAGAUAUGAGAUUUCAACAAAGUCUAGCUCGUGGCGUAGAAAGCUCGUCUAAUCAAACUGAUAAGGACCCAGGACCGAAUAAAGAUAUGAUCGAUAUCGAUCAAUACACCAAAGAUGCUUUAAAGUUUGCUACAAAAGAUAAAGAAAACAUCGAUAUGAAUGAGACUUUUGAAAACGAUAAAGUGAUAUCCAAUGAAGUGAAAGACGUAGACCAUAGAGUAUUGCCAUUCCCUGAAGAUGACUCAAGAACGAUAAAGCCAGCUAUCGUAGAAGCUCCGUUGUCUACUGAAGGUGACACCGAUAUAAGGUUCCUUCAACCUGAACCAAUAUUCAAAAAUCCUGGAAAGAGACAAAGAUUAUCUACAACAGAUGAUGAAGAUAAUAAUUUAUUGAUAGAUGAAAAAUGGUAUUCAAGCGAUGAAGAAAAGGGUAGCAAGAAAAGUUCGCCCCUUCUUUCACCACAAAAAGUAAAAGAUAACGUUUCUCUAAUCGUGGAACAACCUAAACCCUCAAUUAUAGAGCCUUCAACUGUAUUAAAUAAGCUCGGAGAUUUGUCAAAAAUUGAUAUCAGUGAGGAAGUGACUAAAUUAUUAAAUACUAUGAAAAACAAUUUACAUGAAAACGCUCCUGUCACAAACAACGACAAUCAACAACCAGUUUCGAGAGACCCUCGUUCUAGAAAAUCUCCACCUAAGACAAGCGAGCCAAACAAAACUGUUUCUAAAAAACCGCGAAUAUCUAUUUAUGAGUGCAUUGAUGGUGAACCUACUGAUGGGCGCAGACGCACUGAUGUCGACUUACGUCAAACAGAUUUUAAUUUAGCAAACUUUGGUGACACUGACUUGAGACAAGGUAGUAGCGGUGAUAUAGAUUUCCGCUUAGGGUUACCUUUUAAACCUCUUCCAAAUUAUACUCCGGCAUCGGAGAUAAAUGGUUCGAUUAAUAGUCAUCCUCCGAUCCCAUACAAAUUGGUAACUAUUCACAUUCCGAGACCUGACUACACUGAUAUUAGAAAUAGUACCGCCAAAUCACAGGCGCUAUCAGAUCCAAGACUCAGAAAAGUAUUUAGAUUAUCUACUGAGGAAUCAAAUAGUGAUAGUGAAAAGUCAUUACAGACACCGAGUGUCGCUCCGCGUGUCGAUCCUCGGAGAAAACCUAAAGAUUCAGUCGAUGUUAGUCAAGACCACAAAUCUAAUUCGCUUGAUCUUCAGACUAUACUUCAAAAUUCAAACUGGUACAAAGACUUAAGUUCGACGCAAAAGAUAUUCGUGAAUCAACAUUUGGCGCCAGUGACGCAAAUGAUAAAACAGUAUCAACAGGAAAAAAUGUUAGGAAAAAAGUUCGAUUUGACGGCUAUUCAGAGCAAUACCAUUUUAUGCUCUAUAUUCAGCAAUUUAAAUGUUUCUUUAAACGAGAGCGGCGAAUUCACAGCUCUACCGAAACCCAAGGAAGCUCUUUUAAAAACUCCAGUCGGUUUUAAUCCGCUGCCUUUCGGCAUGAACAGUAAUAUGCCACCACCGGGCCAAAUGGAACCUAACAUGAAUUUGAUGAACGUGCCAUUGGGGAUGGGUGGAGCGGGUAACUUAAACAUGAACGUGGGAAUGCCACCCGGAUUCAAUCAUCAACUUCAAGACCCCCGGGGCGAUCCCAGGGGCGAUCCGAGAGGUGGGCCCACUCCCGGACUAUUGGGCAUAUCACCGAACAUGCCACAUAAUUUCGGUAAUAACAACUUUGGAGCACCUAAUUUCGGCAACGUUGGCUUCAAUCCGGAUUAUAAGAAUUUUAUGGAUGGCGAUCCGAAUUUCCAAAGAUUCCCCAAUCGAGGCGGACAUCGCGGGCGGAGCAACGACAGGUGGAAUCGCGGUGGCUCCGGCAGGGGGCAUAGAGACAGAAAAAACUUCAACGAUAGAGGUAAUUGGAAAAAUGAUAGACAUUAGUCGUAUAUAAGUUAGUAUUAGCGUAACCCUUCCACAUAACAAAUAAUGUGAUCAAGGUGAUAAUUAUAUUAGCAAUGAUAAACUUUUUAAAAACAUUUUUAUAACAAUAUUGUAAUAUGCAUUAUUAUUAUAUAUCUCGCGUUAUUUUGUAAAUAUUGUACUUACCUGUAAAUUUUUAUUAUUUAAUGUAAGCUAUGAAUAAUUAUGUUAUAAAAUGGUAAGUUAAUUUACAUCAACUCAUACGAGCCAAAUGUUUUAAGACUGAGUGCAGGAUUGAAAAUAGUUUGUUAAAUGAGAAGAGCGGUAGAUCAAUCACAGUAUGGUCGUCUUAGAAUGUCGUGUAGUAGGUAUGGGGUAGUGAUACCUCACGAGUUAAAUUAAGCAAUAAAUUUUAAUUAAAACAAAAUAAUUAGUAUUUAUGUAAUAUUAUGUCCAGUAACCUUUUUAUGAAAGCUAAAAUGGAUGAAUUAUAUUUUGUAUCUUAAAAGCGUAAGAUAGGUAUUUAUUUUCUGUUACAAAAACAAAUUGGACUCAACGGUGUAUGAUAGUUCCGCUGGACUUAAAAUAAAUUUACGAUUUUAU